AUGUAUUGGUAUCAUAUAGCUAAGAAGGUUACUAGGCUAUUGAGUUCGCCAUCCAUGGAGGACAGGUAUGGCCUGUACAGCCAAGGUAGCAGUGGAUGGACAACCAUGAGGAAUGAAGAGUUUCAAGAAGAAGAUGUUUGGUCUGUUCGCAGUGAAAGAAAAGCUUUUAAUUCCAAGAUUGGUACAUCCAAGGAGUCCUCUUCCAUUACUUCAAAGCGCCUCCCUGCUGCUACGAGAAUGAUCCCCAGAAAUAACAAUAAUUCCACUGGUGACCCAAAAUUAGCUCAACAGUCAGCUCCUGUACACAUACCAGACUGGUCAAAGAUUUAUGGGAAGAGCUCAAAGGCCUCCAAGAAUGCUUCAUGGCUUCAUGAUGAUGAUGGGGAUGGAGGCAUAAGAGUUAGUAGCUGGGAUAGUGAUGAAGAUGAUGAUGGUGGUGAUGAUGGAGAUAUGAUGCCUCCACAUGAAUGGAUUGCUAAGAAGCUUGCAAGGACACAGAUAUCUUCAUUCUCUGUGUGUGAAGGUGUUGGGAGGACUCUCAAAGGGAGAGAUCUCAGUAGGGUAAGGAAUGCUGUGUUAACCAGAACAGGAUUUCUUGAAUAA